AUGUGUUUCCCAAGCUUCUCUUUCGUUGUCUUCCUUUGUUUCAUUCUUUUCUCAUUGCCUGCUUUUGCCAUCAAAAAGUCUUAUAUAGUGUACUUGGGAUCGCAUGAUCAUGGCCGUCAAGUUACAACAGCUGAUCUUCAUCGUGUAACUCAUUCUCAUCAUCAGUUACUUUCAUCCUUUUUAGGAAGUACUGAGAAAGCCAAAGAUGCAAUAUUUUAUUCAUACGAUAGGCAUAUUAAUGGCUUUGCCGCCAACCUUGAAGAGGAGGAGGCAGCCGAGAUUGCAAAGCACCCAGAUGUGGUGUCAGUUUUCCCAAACAAAGCAAAAAAAUUACACACAACUCACUCAUGGGAUUUUAUGUCACUCGAAAACAAUGGCGUCGUCCACCCCAGUUCUAUUUGGGAGAAAGCCAAAUAUGGUGAAGAUGUCAUCAUAGCAAACCUUGAUACUGGUGUUUGGCCUGAAGCAGAAAGCUUUAAUGACGAAGGUUAUGGACCCAUUCCCUCUAGAUGGAAAGGAAAAUGUAACCCCAGAGAUGGGGUUACUUGCAACAGGAAGCUGAUAGGAGCAAGGUACUUCAACAAAGGUUAUGAUGCAUUUGCAGGAAAAUCCGCGCAUUAUAAUGUGUCUGCACGUGAUUAUGUUGGGCAUGGGAGUCACACUCUAUCAACAGCAGGUGGCAACUUUGUUCCAGGAGCAAGUGUGUUUGGGUUUGGCAAUGGAACUGCCAAGGGUGGUUCUCCUAGGGCUAGAGUUGCCGCUUACAAGGUCUGCUGGCCUCCAGUUAAUGGCAGUGAAUGUUUUGAUGCUGAUAUCCUUAAAGGUUUUGAUCAUGCCAUACAUGAUGGAGUCGAUGUUAUUUCUGUCUCACUUGGAGGGGCUGCAUCCGAUUACUUUUAUGAUGGAAUUUCAAUCGGUUCAUUUCAUGCUAUUAAGAACGGCAUUACUGUUGUUUGUUCUGGUGGAAAUUCUGGACCAUAUCUUGGAACUGUCUCAAAUCUUUCACCAUGGUUGCUCACUGUGGGUGCUAGUACCUUGGACAGAGAAUUCCAGACUUAUGUUGAACUCCGUAAUGGAAACCGCUUCAAAGGAUCAAGCCUUGCUCCAGCUCUUCCUGGUGAUGGAUUCUAUCCACUUAUUUCUGGAGCCCAAGCUAAAGCUGCCCAUGCAUCUGCUUCCGAUGCCUUACUCUGCAAGAAUAAAACUCUGGAUCCUGAAAAGGUGAAGGGUAAAAUUGUGGCAUGUGUUAGGGGUGAUAAUGCAAGAGUGGAGAAGGGUGGACAAGUAUUGGAGGCUGGUGGAGCUGGGAUGAUCCUUUGCAAUGAUAAGGCCAGCGGUAACGAAAUUCUUUAUACACCACUUUUUGCAAGAUGGUGUUUCCUUUGA